UUCCGGCGUGAGUUCAGUUGCUGCUGCUUCACGCUCGGAGGGUGAUGAGAGAGAGACGGACACACAGGGAGAGAGAGAGCGAGAGAGAGAGAGAGAGAGAGAAAGAGAGACAGAAAUGAAGUUCAACUGAGCAACAAAGUAACGGAUGAGCCGCAGCACUUAAGAGGCCGGGCGGGCAGGAUUCCCCUCGGAAGCAAAGAAGGAGAUCGCGGGCGGUCGCAAAGGGCAGUUUUACAAUUGAUCAGCCUGGAGAUGAAGCUGUUGAAGCCGAGUUGGGUCAGUCACAAUGGUAAACCAAUAUUCUCAGUUGAUAUCCAUCCAGAUGGAACUAAGUUUGCUACAGGUGGCCAAGGUGAGGACUCUGGGAAGGUGGUCAUCUGGAACAUGGCCCCAGUUCUCAGAGAGGAGGAAGAGAAGAAUGAAAAUAUUCCCAAGCUGCUUUGCCAGAUGGACAAUCACUUAGCUUGUGUGAAUUGUGUGCGCUGGUCAAAUAAUGGCUUGUAUCUGGCGUCAGGAGGUGAUGACAAACUCGUCAUGGUGUGGAAGAGAGCUGCUUUCAUAGGUCCAAGCACAGUGUUUGGAUCUAGCAGUAAACUGGCUAAUGUGGAACAGUGGAGGUGUGUCACCAUUCUGAGGAACCACACAGGAGAUGUAAUGGACGUCGCCUGGUCGCCUCAUGAUGUCUGGCUCGCGUCGUGCAGUGUGGAUAACACCAUCGUCAUCUGGAAUGCCCGAAAAUUCCCAGAGAUCGUGACGACUUUAAAGGGACACACAGGGCUAGUGAAAGGCCUAACGUGGGACCCCGUGGGCAAAUACAUCGCCUCCCAGGCAGACGACCACAGCCUGAAGGUCUGGAGGACCAUGGACUGGCAACUGGAGACCAACAUCACCAAACCUUUCAAUGAGUGUGGUGGCACCACACAUGUCCUGAGGCUGAGCUGGUCUCCAGACGGUCAGUACCUGGUCUCAGCCCACGCCAUGAAUAAUUCUGGGCCCACAGCUCAGAUCAUUGAACGUGAUGGCUGGAAAACAAAUAUGGACUUCGUGGGUCAUCGAAAAGCUGUUACUGUGGUGAAGUUUAACCCUAAGAUCUUUAAGAAGAAACAGAAGAACGGCAGCACGCCCAAACCCAGCUGCCCGUACUGCUGCUGUGCUGUGGGCAGUAAGGACCGCUCGCUCUCUGUAUGGCUCACCUCACUCAAACGUCCUCUGGUGGUCAUUCAUGACCUUUUCGAUAAGUCCAUCAUGGACAUUACAUGGACUCUAAAUGGGCUUGGACUCUUGGUGUGCUCCAUGGAUGGAACUGUUGCCUUCCUGGACUUUUCUCAGGAUGAGUUGGGAGAUCCACUGAAUGAAGAGGAAAAGAACACUAUUCAUCAGAACAUCUAUGGAAAGAGUCUGGCCAUCACUAUGGAGUCACAGCUUUCCAGCACAAUCAUUGAGAACCCAGAAAUGCUCAAGUACCAACAGGAGCGCCAGGGGAACCAGAAUAUUAAUGAAGCCCAGGGAUGCGGUCCUGAGACCCAGACGCCCAAACUCACUAAUGUGCUCAACGGAGAGUCCCUGGAGGACAUCAGAAAGAACCUCUUAAAAAAGCAGGUCGAGACCAGAACUGCGGACGGGAGGCGAAGAAUCACACCCCUCUGUAUCGCACAGCUCGACACAGGGGAUUUCUCGCCAGCAUUGUUUAACAGCGUGCCGAUCUUGCCGGGGUCGUCUGCGUCGACCCAGCUGACCCCUCAGAUAUCUUCUGAUUCCAGCACGGCCAACUCAUUGGGCCUACGACCCUCCCACGACCCCUCUACCACCUCUCCCAACAAAACUACCGAAGAGAAUAAGGAUGGUGGAGCUCCACCUAUAAACUCAGUUGGUAUGAAAUCUAAUCUGCUGUUGACAUCCGCCUCCAAGAUCGAGCCAAUGAAAGCACUGGACUCACGAUUCACUGAGAGGUCAAAGGCCACACCAGGGGUCACUAGCGUACCACCAACUGUGGGCAUCACCCCACUUGACAGGGUAAAAGACAACAGCUCUGUGAAGGAGCCUAGAGGGAAAGAUGAGACCAGUAGUGACAGUGAGGACAAAAUCAUGGUGAAAUCACUCUCGAUGGCUAAGAGGAAGGUAGAGAUGGAGGGAGGAGAGGUGGUAGAGAAGAGAAAGAAGGGAAGGCCAAGGAAAGAUGCCAAAAUGAUGAUGCCCGUAUCACAGCCCUUCCCACAGACUUCAUUUUCAGUGGAAAAGGAGCCAGUUCGAUUAGCAACACCUGUUGUGGCAUUAAAACUUCCCACCCCAUCAAUCCAGAAAUCAUUCAGCACUCAGGUUGGCACAGAUGCUGUUACAUACCUAGAGGUGGAGAAUGAGGUCUCUGUGGUGUCUGGGGCCCGUCUCAGUCAGCUCAAAUGGAGCAGAGAUGGCCGGGAAUGGGACACACUUCUACCCAGUCGCAUUGUCAUUGCCACUGGGAGUAGCGAUGUUGUUGCUAUAGCAUGCGAGGAUCGCACACUGUCUGUCUUUUCGGCUUGUGGGCGGAGAUUGUUUCCCUCAUUCGUGCUGCCCGCACCCAUGUCAGCAUUGAAUUGCUCGGGCCACUUUGUCAUGGCGCUAACAGCAUCAGCCACGUUGUCCGUCUGGGAUGUUCAGAAACAGAAAGUUCUGGUCAAAAAUGAAUCUUUGAACUCUAUCUUAUCAGGCACAGAUGUCACAGUAAGUCAGUCUUUUGUGACCCAGCAAGGUGUAGCUGUUGUGGGGUUGUCAAACGGCAAAACCUACUGCUUCAACUCAUCACUGGAGACCUGGAAUUUAAUCGCAGAUAAGCAGGACUCUCUGGUGCAGUGUGCAGACUUCAGGAAUUGCAUAUCCGCUCAGGAUUCUCUGGGCUUCAUUGGGCCACUCGCCCUCACACAGGGCCGAAAUCUGAGUGCGGGGCGGUUGGCGUCUCGCCUGUCAUCUACACCUCACCACUUGCAGCAGGGAAUGACUCUGGCCUUUCUAGAAAACCAGCUCUCGUCUGCUCUCAUCCUUCUCUCGGCAAACGAGUACAGACACUGGCUUCUCAUCUACGCACGGUUCCUUGUGAAUGAGGGUUUUGAGCAGAGGUUGAGGGAACUAUGUCAGGAUUUAUUGGGACCAGUUCACAAAUCCAGUAGCAGCUCCUGGGAGCCAGCAGUUCUAGGUCUGAAAAAGAGGGUUCUGUUGACCGAGGUGCUGCCUGUGAUUGGUCAGAACUUGAGGUUCCAAAGACUCUUCACAGAAUACCAGGAUCAGCUCGAAUUGCUGCGUCUGAAAUAGCACUUCACCUUUGACCUUUUGAUGUUUCACCCCGACCCCUGCUUCGCCUGUACAUGAAUUAACUGUCUGCCUUAGCUUUCCCUGACAGCACUGCUUAUAGCGCAGACAUGGACACUAAUUAAAAUGGACACAAUGAUGUUUUUUAAGAAUUAAUUUGAAUUAAUUUGUGAAUUAACAAUUAUUAAUUAUAUUUGUAAACUUUGUGCUGGUGGCAAGAAAGAGGAAAGGUUGGGAUAUUUUCACAAAAAAAAAAAAAUAAGGAUAAUUUUGAUCAAGCACAAAGUCAGAACCGAACGUUUGUACUAUUCAACUAUAAGUUGAUGUGAGUGAUGAUCCAAACACUUUUUCCCAUCCCUCCUCUCUUUUCAUCGUUUUCCUUUAGUUCCAAUUUGUACAGUCAUUUGUCAUUUAUUUGUAAAUGUUUGUAAAAGGCAAUUUUUUUUUUCUCCGUUUUCUAUAAAAUUUAGAAAAUGGUAAACCUUCAAUUAAAUAAGGAAUAAACUAUUUACCAGUUCUAAAACCUGUUGCUCUUUUCUCUCUCUCUUGCUUGUAAAUAAGGUAAAAAAAAAUUUAAAAAAAAGAGAAAAUAUUCUAGGUUUAAGAAUUAGAUGUCUUUUUUUCCAUUUAAAUUUUGUUGGCACAUGGUUUUCAAAACUUUUCCCAAUGAAUUUACGUGAUGUUUCAAGUUUCUGUUUAAAGGUUCCAAAGUAUUUUAUAGAUAUUGCUGGAGUGGAUUUCUGUUUGUAUAUAAGGAACCAAUACUUGGAAUUAAUAUCUUAAAAUGAUUAGAGUACAAAUAUAUUUAGUAAGGCUAAAAACAUAUAUUUGUUAUUAGCUAGUAACAUCUGCAAUCCAAUGAGUUGCACCAUGAAUGAACUGAAUGAAAAUAUUA